CCCAGGCUGCUCUUCUGCUUUGGCUGAAGCAGUGGAACGGAGACAGCAGAAGCGAGUGUUCAGACUUAAUCUGGUUGUACGGAUUGGCCAUCGCCAUCAACCCUGGGUAGAAGUCCCCUGCCUGGGUCACAUGCGUUGUUUACUGGGGCAUUGUGUGCCGGCGGGAGGCGUUUUUAAGGAGAGAGGAGACCAACAUGCAAACUAUUUGAUCUUAUGAGCCUGGAUCUGUAGUUUGGUUCCACAUUUCCGAUUGCUAUCGCCCAGUGAGAAUACAAGAUCCAAAAGUUGCACGCCCAACACCAAACAGCUUUGUAUUUCUUUGUGUUUAACCAGCAAUGAAGAGCUUUUUUCAUUACAUUAAUGACGCAAGUAAAAAGUGUAUUGGAGACUUCACGAUUAAAGUUGAUGGCCAGACCACUGAGCAUUAUCAAAGGCAGAUUUUGAUAUCCUCAAAAAAUAGGCUGCUAGAAAUGCAUUCCUAUAGAGUGCAAAUGCAUUCCUGAAACGGCAUCCUCCGGUACUGCAGGAACGUCGGAUAGGCUACUGAGUGACAGGUCAUCACAACAUUCGAUAACUCGAUACAUCCUAUGUUUCGGCAUGAUUAUGGUCACAGGGAAACGGUUCGUGAACCAUUGAAAAGCAGAACGUACGUAGGCAACAACGUAUUUGUUUUAUGAAAGCAUAAUCACCAGCUGAAUGUGACUUCCAUAACAUGGGCGGGGCUGUGACACUUUAACGCAUAUACAUAUUUAUUGUUAUUGCGAUAAACAGCAUGCAGAAAACAACGAAUCAUGCAACACAUGCAAACCCCUGCAAAAGAUAAACAUUAAUAAACCGGUACACGUCACUAGUAAUGAGUUGCGCUCAAGUGACGUAUGCUCCGUCUGCAGCCUUGGAGCCCAGCGCAGGUCAUCUCCGCGUCCGGUCGAGAGCAACAACAUUCCCGCUGGGUGGUUCUGGUUGACUGCUCGCUAAAAGGAUGAGUGGAUGCGCUUCAUGAAUCAUGAAUGCGGCAAUUAUGUCAUUGAGCUUCCGCUGAUAGGGCCUACGCUUGAAAAUGCCCUGUGUGAUCGAAGAUGGCGGAGUCGGAUGGUGGGGAUUUUACCUCGAAUCAUCCACAGAACAGGUGAGGACGAAGCGUGCGAUCCGUGGAGUGGCUCUGUGGGAGUUGUGCAAACCCGGGUUCGGCAGCACCGCAGAUUACAGGAAAUGUCGAGGAUGUGUGGCCUACCUGAGCACGUACUGUUUGACAUGCGUUCGUAACGCGUUCCCAUGUGUUCCGUGGUGCUUCUGCAGAGGUACGGGGAGCCCCAGGUGUGGUGGGACUGGGAGUCACUGCCUGUCCCAUGAUGGUAAUAGUUUAAUGGGCUUGGGGGAUAGAUGUGCGACAAGGCUUAGUCGUCGCCUAUGGGAAAACGGUGCAUUUGAUUGAUAUUGUUUUGUGUUAUGAUUGUGGUAAUUCGAUCGCCCUAAACAUGGUGACGUCAUUUUAAAAUGUCCCUUUAGGAGCGUUUGUCCUGUGCCCGCUGUGUCCCCAAUAUUUGUGUUUGAGAUACACUAUGGGCUAGUUGAGGGGUGAAGGGUUAUCGUUUCAAGUUUAUUUAUCUAUAUAUUUUUUACAAGUUAUUCGUUUUUGGUUGUUACAUUAUUCGUGAUUUAAGUUUCCUUUUAAUAUAUAGGCCUAGGCCUAUAUAUUUUUGGAAGCAUAAAUAUUGCAUAAUGAUCAUUUGAAAGACGUCUAUUGAAAUCCUUUGAAAUCAUAAAUUGAAAUCGUAUGCUUUGAAAACUGGUAAUUUGUUAUUUUUUAACCUCUUGUUUUCAAUGUUCAAUCAUUCUUAUUAAAAAAUCUACGUUGCAGAUAUUGGAAACACGAUAUUAUUAUUAAUCAUCAUUAAUCAUUAAUCAUAUUUGAGUGGUCAGAAUUCGGAUCGGAAAAGUAAAAUAAUAAGUGAAGAAGCAGGACAGGCCUGAGCAAUCGAGACUGAAUGCAAUCGGAGCUCAAUUGGCGCGGUCUGUCCGUCAUGUGAUCAGAAUGGGUUGUUCCAAACGAUCAGAGAACUACGAGGCUCCGGUAAGUUGUCCGGUUUGAAUGUAAUUUAUGCAAAGUCGAACUCGGAGCUCAAUAAGUACAGGUCUGAAGCUUCAUUGGAAUGAAGGAGGGGAUAGUUUAGAGGUUAAAACAACUGGAUACAUUGAACAAGUUACCCCCACAGGGAAGAGCUGUCAUCAUGGCUGUUAUGUUGUGAUACAUGGUUAUUAAAUCCCUAUGAAAACCACUGUAUGCAUGGAGCUCCGACUGUGAAUAGACAGGAAUGACAAACCGGACAACUCACCAUUUCUAAAUCUAAAUCCAAAUGCUUUUAAAAGUCGAAACAUUAUGGCAGUGAUGUUUGCAAAGUUUCCCUGACAUCCCCUAUCCAAUUUCACAAAGUAAUAUUUACUUAAAUAUGUACACAUAAAACCUAGCACAGUCUAGCACUUAAACAUUUCAAUAACUUCUGCCGCAAUAGUCUAGAAAGGUACAGGUCUUGCUUAACCGGUAGGACAUGGCAAUAACUCUGGCAAGUAUGGCUGACAAGCACAGCGUGCUGCGCUGCACCUUCUCCGCCCCGACCCACAGCGCCCUGCUGCUGCAGGGCCUGGCCGCCCUCCGGACCCGGGGCCAGCUGCUGGACGUGGUGCUGGCCGUCAACGAGGAGCGCUUCCAGGUGCACAAGGCCGUGCUGGCCUCCUGCAGCGACUACUUCCGGGCAAUGUUCACGGGAGGCAUGAGGGAAUCGAACCAGGACACCAUUGAGCUCCAGGGCCUGUCCGCCCGGGGGCUCAAGCACAUCAUCGACUUCGCCUACAGCUCGGAGGUCACCCUGGACCUGGACUGCAUCCAGGACGUCCUGGGGGCGGCCGUGUUCCUGCAGAUGGUCCCCGUGGUGGAGCUCUGCGAGGAGUACCUCAAGUCGGCCAUGAGCGUGGAGACGUGCCUGAACAUCGGCCAGAUGGCCAGCUCCUUCAACCUGGCCUCGCUCAAGCAGUCGGUGGACGCCUUCACCUUCGGCCACUUCCUGCAGAUCGCCGCCGAGGACGACUUCCUGCACAUCCCCCUCGAGCGGCUGGUCUUCUUCCUGCGCAGCAACAAGCUGCGGAACUGCAACGAGAUCGACCUCUUCCACGCCGCCAUCCGCUGGCUGCAGCACGACGAGGCCCGCCGCGCCCGGGCCGCCGCCGUGCUGGGCCACGUGCGCUUCCCGCUCAUGCGCUCCUCGGACCUGGUGGACAGCGUGCAGACGGUGGGCAUCAUGGUGGAGGACGUGCUGUGCCGGCAGUACCUGCUGGAGGCCUUCAACUACCAGAUCCUGCCCUUCCGCCAGCAUGAGAUGCAGUCGGCACGCACGCUGAUCCGCUCGGACGUGCCGUCGCUCGUCACCUUCGGCGGCACGCCCUACACGGACAACGACCGCACGGUGAGCGCCAAGGUGUACCACCUGCCCGACCCCGCCGCCCGCCAGUUCAAGGAGCUGACGGAGAUGGAGGCGGGCGUCAGCCACGCCUGCGUGGCCGUCAUGGACAACUUUGUGUACGUGGUGGGCGGGCAGCACCUGCAGUACCGCAGCGGCGAGGGCGCCAUGGAUUGCUGCUUCCGCUACGACCCGCACCUCAACACGUGGCUGCGCAUCGCCGCCAUGCAGGAGGGCCGCAUCCAGUUCCAGCUCAACGUGCUGCAGGGCGUGCUCUACGCCACCGGGGGGCGCAACCGCACCGGCAGCCUCUCCUCGGUGGAGUGCUACUGCCCGAAGAAGAACGAGUGGAGCAAGGUGGAGCCGCUGAAGCGCCGCAUCUGGGGCCACGCCGGCGGCUGCCUGGGGGACAAGCUGUACGUCUCCGGGGGCUACGGGGUGUCGCUGGAGGAUAAGAAGACCCUGCACUGCUACGACCCCGUGGCCGACCAGUGGGAGUUCAGGGCCCCCAUGAACGAGCCCCGGGUGCUGCACGCCAUGAUCGGCGCCAAGGACCGGCUGUACGCCAUGGGGGGCCGCAUGGACCACGUGGACCGCUGCUUCGACGUGCUGGCCGUGGAGUACUACCUGCCUCUCAGCGACCAGUGGACCACCGUCAGCCCCAUGCGCGUGGGGCAGUCCGAGUCCGGCUGCUGCUUGCUCAACGGCAAGAUGUACGUGGUGGGCGGGUACAACUGGCACCUGAACAACGUGACGAGCAUCGUGCAGGUGUACAACCCCGACACCGACGAGUGGGAGAGGGACCUGCACUUCCCGGAGUCCUUUGCGGGCAUCGCCUGCACGCCCGUCAUACUGCCUCAGACUCCCGCGCAGCGCUGACAUGUCUGAAAGAGUGGAUGAACGGGUUGCUGUGGCGACCGGAUCUCUAGGUGCUCUCGUGACCGGCUCCUGUUACUACUAGCCGCUACUACGGUGCUCCUGAUUCUGUGUGUGUUUUGAGGAUAAUGACUAUAGGACAGACCGAUGGUUCUCUAUAGCACAGGUGGAGUACUAUUUACCAGGCCCUUGGCCGAAAAACAGGAAUGUAAAUGCAUUGAGGUAUUAUUUUGGUUCCAUGAGGUAUUAUUUUGGUUCCAUGUCUGUCCUUGCUUGGGGGAGUUUGUUAAUGUGCUGCAGAGAGGGUGACCCACUUCCACUGGAGCUGGGGCUGCUGCUGCCAGUAUGCCUACGCCCAUACAGUUUAAUCAGCCACUCAUCCUACCCCUUCCCGCUACGCUGGCACAAGAUGCAGCUCAAAUGAUGGGUCCUUUUUAUGAGAAGGAGGGAGGGAGAGAGGGAGAGGGAGAGAGUGGGCGGGAGGGACAGAGAGAGAGGGAGAGGAAAAUAGGACGUUACUAAAGGGGCAUGUGCAAAACACAGAGGUCGAACAGACAUUGGAUGAGGGCGGGGAUGGUCUCCUGUUAUCUCCUUUGUUCUUAUCUGGAGGUUAAGAGGAGGAUGUGUUUCAGCGAGGGAAUGGACAGGGAGCAGACCCAGAGGCCUACGGGUAGUUUCAGCCCCGACAAAGGCUGGUUGUUAUUGAACAGGAACGGAGAUUGGAUCUCUAGUGGAGAACUGAAGCAGGAGGGGAGAGAGGAGAUCCUCCAUAUUAUUCACCGGUCUUCCUCCAGCACUGUUUUUACAUAGUUUCAAUAGUUCAUGAAACAAAGGUAUUAUUUGUUUAGUUCUGCUUCAAUUAAUUGUGAGAAAUACGUACAGAAAACAUUGACACUCGAUUUUCAGUUCACAAACCGGUACUGUGAUUUAUGUCUUCCGGACGGUCUGUUACAGUACCAUGGAGAACCGAAUGGACUGCGUCUCGGCAGUCGAUUCAGACGUUUAAUAGUAAUAAUCAUAGAUUCACAGAAGAUCUGUCAGCAGCCAGCCGGUUCAAUAGUUUCAUUGUCCUACAUGUGACUGUAGGCAAUAUCGGAUGCCUUAUCAGUACAGGUCAGGACAGGAUAUGACAUCACAGAGACCCAUGGGGGAGAGGUUCUGCUGGUCCAGCUUAAGGGGCUCUUGCACACACACUGGUACUACUUCAUUACUUUACUUAUUUUAUGGUGAAGUAGUUGUAUGAUUAUUUCAUUCAAACCCGUUAUUCAUAAUCCUUCCUGGGAUAGAUGUUAUUUUUUAUUAUGGUAUUAUUGUGUUUUAUUUUAUAUGAUUAAAGGUUUGAUAGCUUUCUUAAUUUAAAUACUGAUGGAACCUUUCUUCAGUUUUACAGAAUUAUGUUUCCUUCGGCCUCUUCUUGGCCCCCAGCAGGCCAGUGAUCGUUGUAAAGUGUUUUGCUAACGUCUAUAUAAUGAACCACUGUUACAGUGGCUUCCUAGCGUCCCACUUUAAGUACGGUAAUCAACUAUCGGGGUUGACCACACGCAGUCCAAACACUAAGCAACCGCCGACCCAAAGGGCAAAGGAUAUUAACGAAGAUAUUCUUCAAUGACUUUCAAUGACUUUCUGCGUGAUUCAUCAAUAAUUAGGCUGUAUACUUUCUCUGAUUUGCAUUAAAAGCCGUAAGCACACUGAAAUACUUAAACUUUCAUAUUUAACGGUAUUUAACAUGGCAUGUUUGUACACCGCUCUAUGUAAAACACUUUAUAAUACAUUUACCUUGACGUUUGAGUUGCAAGAGAAAGCGUGUGAAAUGUAUCAGCAUAGCUGGUUCUGUAUAGCUUUGUUCACUACCUAGUAUUCUGGGGAUUUAUUUAUUCAGUUUUAUUUGAUUGUUAUCAACUUUAUGUUAUUCUUUUUGUGGCGAGGGGGGGAUAGUUGAUACAUUUAGCAUUUAUUUCAUUGAUCCAAUCGUUUUCUUACAGACGUCUGCGUCAAGGGAUAAACCUAAAUAUUUUGGCCAACCUAAUUCAAUAUAUUUCCUUUUUGUUUAUACUAUAAACUCUCAUGUGUGAUGGACAACUAAAUCGAAAUACUUAAAAAUACCCAUAACAUGCAGAGGGAUGUUUGCACACAACAAAUAUCUUGUAAGGAAAAUUUAAUUUAUAUUAAAAUACAUCUCAAAGUUGGCUGAUAAACUCGGUCUUGGAAAGACACGACCCUAAAUAAUAUCAGAUUUUACGUAAAUUUUCGGAUGACUUUCAGUUUGCUUGCUAGCUAUUUGCUGUUUGCUUGGGGCAUUAUAUAUUUUUUCUUCUAAGCACUUACCUUGAGGCAUGAUACUGUAUCUCAUGUUGUAAUGGGCCCUGGCAUACCCAAAGACGCAUAAUUCACUUCAUGAGUCACAGCUGUAUUGCCGCUACUAUUGCACCUCUCAGAUACAAGGUGAAUACGUUUUGAUGACUGAUGCCAUUUUUUUAAUGAGAGAAAGUUAUUUUAUGUGGUGGAUUUUGUAAUGUUCCUUUUAUUGUACUCAUUUUGCAGUGCAAAGGUCGUUCAGCACUAACUAUUUUCGGUUUGACUUUUUUAAAUGGUUUUACCAUCUCAACACAAUAGUUUGUUUAUAUUAAAAUCUAUAUUAUAUUAAAGUGUGUGUGUGUGUGUGUGUGUGUGUGUGUGUGUGUGUGUGUGUGUGUGUGUGUGUGUGUGUGUGUGUGUGUGUGUGUGUGUGUGUGUGUGUGUGUGUGUGUGUGUGUGUGUGCGCGCACACAAGAGAGAAACAAAUAUCAUUUCCAGCACACCCAUCUUCUCAGUAUUUGUCUCUUGGCCGCCGGAUGUAUUUUGCAUCAAGGUCAUGCGGACCAAAAAAAUCCCCAGACCUAAGCAGAACGAGUCAUGGAGGGUUUUGUAAAGACGUUGUAGUGCAGUGCUGCACUUCAGGAAGCAUUAAACACGAGUCGAUUUGUCUGAAUCUGCUGCCAACUCGAAAGUGGUUUCUAUAUAAAGCACAUUACAGGGUAGACCUGAGUGUGCAUUUUUCUUAAACAAUACGGUGUAUGAUGCUGGUAUCGGUACGCCACACUACCCUUUUUCAUGAAUUCACCUGUUUGCCUUGGUGUACUCUUAUCUUGUUUUGUGUCCUCAUCUUAAAAAGCACCUAUCAUUUAAGUGCAUUAUGAAGAGAUCCGUAAACCAACAGAGAAUGUAGCCUCUCAUGUCACUGUAUAUCCAUCCUUUUAUUAAAGGUGUUCAGUGUCCUUAUGAA